AUGACAACGGCCACGAAGAGGAAAGGAUCUCUGUGGGGUCUGGAGGACUCUGAAAUGAACGCUCGGCGUCUCAGCUACAGGUGCACCACCCUCAUCCAGGUAAAGUCAGCUCACAGCUCAGACCUCAGAUUUACCGUCUGUUUGACAAACAGGGAGUCAAAACGUUUCCUGCUGCGUCAAACUCUGAGAGCAGGAACCUUUAGAGAAGGUUUAAGAACGUUUGUCCUCAAACAUCAGAGAGACGUCCUCACCCUCUGACAUCAGGAACCUCCAACAGAGAGGAUCUGAUGAUGGAGCUGAUGGAGAUCUACGUCACUGUAGGUUAUCAAAGGGUUAACUCCACCGACAGACCGACAAAGACCAACAAAGACCAACAAAGACCAACAAAGACCAACAAAGACAAACAAAGACAAACAAAGACCAACAAAGACAAAACAAAGACCAACAAAGACAAACAAAGACAAACAAAGACAAAGACCAACAAAGACCAACAAAGACAAACAAAGACCAACAAAGACCAACAAAGACAAACAAAGACCAACAAAGACCAACAAAGACUAACAAAGACUAACAAAGACAAAGACCAACAAAGACCAACUAAUUAAAAUAUUAAAACUUAUUAUUAAAAACUGAUUCACUAACGAGAAACGAGUCAAUAACAAAAGACUACAAAGAUGGACGACAAAUAUCAACGAGGAAAUUAUUGUGUGGUUGUUGUGUAACUGUUGUGUGUCUGUUCAGUCACGGUUGUUGUAUGAUUGUUGUGUGAUUGUUGUGUGGUUGUUGUGUAACUGUUGUGUAACUGUUGUGUGUUUGUUCAGUCACGGUUGUUGUGUGAUUGUUGUGUGAUUGUUGUGUGUUUGUUGUGUGAUUGUUGUGUGUUUGUUGUGUGUUUGUUGUGUGAUUGUUGUGUGUUUGUUUAGUCAUGGUUGUUGUGUGUUUGUUGUGUGAUUGUUGUGUGAUUGUUGUGUGUUUGUUGUGUGUUUGUUGUGUGUUUGUUGUGUGAUUGUUGUGUGGUUGUUGUGUGUUUGUUGUGUGAUUGUUGUGUGUCUGUUGUGUGGUUGUUGUGUGAUUGUUGUGUGGUUGUUGUGUUUUUGUUCAGUCGUGGUUGUUGUGUGGUUGUGUGAUUGUUGUGUGUUUGUUGUGUGAUUGUUGUGUGUUUGUUGUGUGAUUGUUGUGUGUUUGUUGUGUGUUUGUUGUGUGUCUGUUGUGUGGUUGUUGUUGUGUUUUUGUUCAGUCGUGGUUGUUGUGUGGUUGUUGUGUGAUUGUUGUGUGUUUGUUGUGUGAUUGUUGUGUGUUUGUUGUGUGUUUGUUGUGUGUCUGUUGUGUGGUUGUUGUUGUGUUUUUGUUCAGUUGUGGUUGUUGUGUGGUUGUUGUGUGUUUGCUGUGUGUUUGUUGUGUGAUUGUUGUGUGUUUGUUGUGUGAUUGUUGUGUGGUUGUUGUGUGUCUGUUGUGUGGUUGUUGUGUGUUUGUUGUGUGUUCGUUGUGUGAUUGUUGUGUGGUUGUUGUGUGGUUGUUGUGUGUUUUUUGUGUGAUUGUUGUGUGUUUGUUGUGUGUCUGUUGUGUGGUUGUUGUUGUGUGUUUGUUCAGUCGUGGUUGUUGUGUGGUUGUUGUGUGUUUGUUGUGUGAUUGUUGUGUGUUUGUUGUGUGUUUGUUGUGUGAUUGUUGUGUGUUUGUUGUGUGUCUGUUGUGUGUUUGUUGUUGUGUGUUUGGUCAGUUGUGGUUGUUGUGUGUUUGGUCAGUUGUGGUUGUUGUGUGUUUGUUGUGUGAUUGUUGUGUGUUUGUUGUGUGUCUGUUGUGUGGUUGUUGUUUUGUGUUUGUUCAGUCGUGGUUGUUGUGUGGUGUUUGUGUGUUUGUUGUGUGUCUGUUGUGUGUUUGUUGUUUUGUGUUUGUUCAGUCGUGGUUGUUGUGUGGUGUUUGUGUGUUUGUUGUGUGUCUGUUGUGUGGUUGUUGUUGUGUUUUUGUUCAGUCGUGGUUGUUGUGUGGUUGUUGUGUGUUUGUUGUGUGUCUGUUGUGUGUUUGUUGUUGUGUGUUUGGUCAGUUGUGGUUGUUGUGUGUUUGCUGUGUGAUUGUUGUGUGUUUGUUGUGUGUCUGUUGUGUGGUUGUUGUUUUGUGUUUGUUCAGUCGUGGUUGUUGUGUGGUGUUUGUGUGUUUGUUGUGUGUCUGUUGUGUGUUUGUUGUUUUGUGUUUGUUCAGUCGUGGUUGUUGUGUGGUGUUUGUGUGUUUGUUGUGUGUCUGUUGUGUGGUUGUUGUUGUGUUUUUGUUCAGUCGUGGUUGUUGUGUGGUUGUUGUGUGUUUGUUGUGUGUCUGUUGUGUGUUUGUUGUUGUGUGUUUGGUCAGUGUGGUUGUUGUGUGUUUGUUGUGUGAUUGUUGUGUGUUUGUUGUGUGUCUGUUGUGUGGUUGUUGUUUUGUGUUUGUUCAGUCGUGGUUGUUGUGUGGUGUUUGUGUGUUUGUUGUGUGUCUGUUGUGUGGUUGUUGUUGUGUUUUUGUUCAGUCGUGGUUGUUGUGUGUUUGUUGUGUGUCUGUUGUGUGUUUGUUGUUGUGUGUUUGGUCAGUUGUGGUUGUUGUGUGUUUGUUGUGUGAUUGUUGUGUGGUUGUUGUGUGUUUGUUGUGUGAUUGAUGUGUGUUUGUUGUGUGUCUGUUGUGUGGUUGUUGUUUUGUGUUUGUUCAGUCGUGGUUGUUGUGUGGUGUUUGUGUGUUUGUUGUGUGUCUGUUGUGUGGUUGUUGUUGUGUUUUUGUUCAGUCGUGGUUGUUGUGUGGUUGUUGUGUGUUUGUUGUGUGUCUGUUGUGUGAUUGUUGUGUGGUUGUUGUGUGUUUGUUGUGUGAUUGUUGUGUGGUUGUUGUUGUGUGUUUGGUCAGUCGUGGUUGUUGUGUGGUGUUUGUGUGUUCGUUGUGUGUCUGUUGUGUGUCUGUUGUUGUUGUCUUGUUAGUAAUGAUCACUGUUCCUCGUUCCUCUUGUCUGGUUUAGUUCAGAUACUGAGAAAUACUUUCAGAGAAGUUCUUUCUUUGACCAGCAGAGGGCAGACUGUCACUGACAGACCUUUAGUCCAGUCAGAUCUGAAACUUCAGAGGAAUUUUAAAUCAUUAAAUAUUUGAUUUGACCUGAAAUAUUAAAUAUUAAAGACUAAGUGAAUCUGUCCAAACAUGUCUGCAGGUUAGUUUCACUACAUGAAGGUCAAUUUACAAUAUUUGGAGGUUUUCUCAAAUAAUGAAAUCAAAGAUUAUAAUUCAAAAAUGACAUAAAUAUAGAGUCAGGUGUAAAUGUGACUCGACCCUAAAAAGAUGUAAAAUUCUCGUUAAUUUAAUCGGGUGGUUUGGUCUUGGACCCAGAUCUCAAGCUCGUUCCCUUGAGAUCAUCAGUCUUUAUAAUAUAUUCAUAUAACCUACAGUAUUUAUAAUAUAUUCAUAUAACCUACAGUAUUUAUAAUAUAUUCAUAUAACCUACAGUAUUUAUAAUAUAUUCAUAUAACCUACAGUAUUUAUAAUAUAUUCAUAUAACCUACAGUAUUUAUAAUAUAUUCAUAUAACCUACAGUAUUUAUAAUAUUUGGAGGUUUUCUCAAAUAAUGAAAUCAAAGAUUAUAAUUCAAAAAUGACAUAAAUAUAGAGUCAGGUGUAAAUGUGACUCGACCCUAAAAACAUGUAAAAUUCUCGUUAAUUUAAUCAGGUGGUUCGGUCUUGGACCCAGAUCUCAAGCUCGUUCCCUUGAGGAUCAUCAGUCUUUAUAAUAUAUUCAUAUAACCUACAGUAUUUAUAAUAUAUUCAUAUAACCUACAGUAUUUAUAAUAUAUUCAUAUAACCUACAGUAUUUAUAAUAUAUUCAUAUAACCUACAGUAUUUAUAAUAAUAUAACCUCCAGUAUUUGUAAAAUAAUAAUAUAACUUACAGUAUUUAUAAUAAUAUAACCUCCAGUAUUGAUCAGCUCCUCCAGCUCCUCUCUGUUUUCAGCUUUCAUCUCUCUCAUAAAUACUCUCUGUCGUUUGUGUGUCUGUGAUGUUCCCGUCAGCCUGUAAACUAAAUGUUAACGAUGAUUGUUCACUGGAGCAGACCGACAGCCUCUCUGUGUUUUUAAUUCACCGUCGUUUACAAACACACUGAACUUGUCACUUCGUAUGAACCUCUGACCUUUGACUUAUGAUCCAUCUAAAUGCAAAUGAGCUGAGCAGGAAGUGUCUGUCUAUUAUGUGACCUUUUAUGGGCGUCUACGUUUUUUAGUAGGCCACUGGUGGGCGGAGACAUUACAGUCUGACCCUGACAGUAAAUAAAACAGCUGUCAAUCAUUUGGUUUCCUGAGUCAGAUUGAGAAACACAGACAGAAACAUCAAUAAACUGAUGUGUGCACCAUCACCAGCAGGGGGCAGCACUGUACCUGCAGACCUCUGACCUGCAGACGGGUCAGACUGAGUCAGAACCAGGAGAGAGUCGGUCUAAUUUGUAGUUCACAGAGGAUAACAGGAAACCACAGAGCUGAGGUCAUGAGUUACAGCGCUCUAUUAUCCUAAACUCUGACAAAGACGACCGUGACGCCGACUUUAACUCCUGUGUGUCUGUUUUUAAAACUGUCUCUACGAGAGUCAGCUGAACCAACGACAACAACAUGAAAUAAUAGGAGAGAAAGGAGAGGGGGGUUUACUGCCUGAACUUUCUGUCUGUUUCCUGUUUCUCCUCUUUACCGACUGUCACCGCUCUGAACAACAGUCAGUCACACAGCAGCAGCAGGUGUAAGUGAAUACCUGCUCCAUGUCUGUCCUGAAUUAUUAAACUGAGACAGAAAUGAUGAGAACACACACACACACACACACACACACACACACACACACACACACACACACACACACACACACACACACACACACACACGGAUGUUACCUCACUAACACCUCAGAACCUGUUUAUGAGACGAUGAGAGUCCAGACCUUCUCUGUUUGUGAGGACACACACACACACACACACACACACACACACACACACACACACACACACCUAUCACUACAACAUUACAGGUCAGUGAGCCACACUACCUUGUACUGUUUAUUAGAAUAAACUCCAGAACAGUACCAGAACUUCACUGAUCUCUAAAGGAGACUCGUUUGUCUGCUGCUUAAAUAAAUUAAAUAACCCCUCAGGUAUCAUGAAGUGAUGAUAUUCGGCUGUAUUUUCAGUAUUAAGUUGACUUUAUAAUAUUUCCAGAUACUCAUAUCUCUUCAUAAAUAACUGUUUUCUGUGAAGAUGCUCAAAGCUGUAAAAUCUACAGAGUUCAGUUUUUAUUUUUUCAGUGACUGAAGUAACAGGAUAUUAUUGAUGGAGGAGCUGAUAACCAAAAUAACAGAAUUAUAUAUUCAAUGUAAUGUGUUGAAUUAACUGGGUUAUUAGUCUGUGUGUGUAUCAGAGGAGACACGACUCACUUUAUCUGUUUUAUGAAUAUAAUAUCUUUAAAAACAUCUUUAAUAUCUUUGUUUUUGUAUUUUUAUUUUGUGUCUCAUCAGGAAAUAUCACAUUUGAAUUUCUGUUUUCAAGAUUCACACAGAAACUGACAGUUAAACAAAGUCUGUUUAUGUUUAAACGUCUUUGAGCACUUGGAAAAGCGUGUUGUUAAUAAAAUUUAUUAUUAUUAUUAGUAGUAGUAGUAGUAGAUUUAUCAUUAUUAUUAUUAUUUACCAGAAGAAAAAUCAGAAUUUUUGAAGUUCUUCGAUUCGUCGUCUCGUCUGGUUACAAAACUGCAGAAUUAUGAGUAAAAAAGGACCAUGACUGUGAGACUUUCUCCAUAAACUGAUUAUCUGUAGAUUCAUGUUUCUGUACACCGGAGUAAACAAAGGAAGAAAAAAAGUCUAAAGAUAAAAAAGAAGAGAGGAGGAAGAAAAAUAAAAGAGAAGAGACAAAAACUGACACUGAACAGAUCCUUCAAUAAUUCAACAUGUGGUUUCUGAUAGAUGCUGCUGUGUGUGUGUGUGUGUGUGUGUGUGUGUGUGUGUAUGUGUGUGUGUGUGUGUGUGUGACAGGUGCUCGGUGGUGUAAUGUUCAGGUGGCUCAGUUUGCCAGACAGAGUAUUUACUUAAUUAAACCGACAUGUAUGUGACACACACUCAGGUAACUGCUGGUACUCAUCACACUUAUAUAAACACACACACUUACACACACACACACACACACACACACACACACACACACACACACACACACACACACACACUCACACACACACACACACUUGUGUCAGACAGAUAAACCUCCCUCAGAUCUGUUUUUUAGAGUCCCUCAGGUGAAGAUCCAGGUGAGCUCAGAGUCGUCUCUCUCUCUCAUGUCGGAUCAUCUCUGACUCUCUGACUCUCUCGUCUUUAAACUGAGAUCCUCGCUCUGAUAUUCUCAGACACGUUAAAGUGUCCGUCUGCUCAGAGAGGAUCUGUGGUCAUGAACUCAGACCUGAAACUCCACAAAGUCUGAUCAUAAUCUUUAGACCAUUAAUUCAAAGAACUCAGGAGACGUGAGCGAAGAAGACGACCGACAGAACAACGAACAUGGAGGAGAAACUCAGAGAGACACUGAUGAAGGAGUCCACCUGACAGGACUGAGGACAGACCGGAGGUCCCUGUCCCCCAACGUCAGAGAUCAGACUCCCUUCAGUUCAGUGAUCUGAUGUUAUUUUUCAUUUCCUCUCAAUAAUCAGUCUGUUGAACUCCAGCAGACUGAUGAGGAGGCACGAACAUCAGCUGUUGUUCUGACUGAACCCCCUUAAAUAAAACCACAUAUUCACAUUUACACAGAGGAGGAGGAGGAGAAGGAGGAGGAGGAGCAGGGGGAGGUUCGGCUCGAGUCAGAGAGGUUCUAACUGAGGGACCAGAUCAGGAGCAGAGACCAAAAAAAAACAAGAAGAUCAUCUUUGGUCUCCUGAAGUCAGAGCCUGGAGUACGCUAACCCAUGAGGUUAUCCAAUACCAGGACACACCCGAGGAGGAGGAGGAGGUGACUUCUUGUUGCCGUGGGCAACAGGGAGGUUGUAGGGGCCGGGUUAACUAAGACUGAGUGUGACAGAGAGACGGAGGACAGGAGGAUCAUCCCGGCAGGAGAAACUGUGAGGUCUUCAGAGAGCGGUCUGUUCAUCAGAACUUCUGAGUGACACUUUGGACCAGACCGGACUGGACCGGACUGGACCGGACUGGACCGGACUGUUUGAACCCGCUCCACUUCAGUGAUGUCAGACCCUGGACCUUCUUCUUUCUGAGGAUGAACCCAGAGGAGAGACACCGAGGCAGCAUGAGGCCCUGAUCUCCUGAACCUCUGAAGAGUUCCUCCUGUUGGAGCGUGAAGAUGGUCCUGUAGGAGGCGCUGUGUUCAGAACCUCCUAACCUGAACUGGACUCUGAUAUCUCACCUGGAUGUUUGCUGACUCUGGAUCUGCUGAGUCUGACUGACACACCUGAAGAUGUACAAACGUCGAGGUUACGUGGAGCUCUAUGAGAAAGAUCUCGCCAAAUGGGCGCUGCUACGAAACGUCAACACUGUGAUGAAACACAGCACGCUGCUGCCGGUAUGUGUGUGUGUGUGUGUGUGUGUAAGUGUGUGUGUGUGUGUCUGUGUGUGUCAUGGAUCAUAAUUGUAGGUCUGUACUCUGUGGUCCAGCGUCAUGUAUGAUCCUGUCUGUGUGUUUUUCAGGCGUCAUUAUAGAUCAUUCAGAGUGUGGCCCUGCUGUGUGUGUGUGUGUGUGUGUGUGAGAGAUAUGUUUGUAUGUUGGAGAUUUAGAAGAACCGGGUUUUGGGUUUCAUGUGUUUUAGGGAACAACGUCUAUAGCCACAAAUAAUGCUCAGAACAGCACCUAACUUCAUCAACAGGACAUAUAGGGUCACAGACAUAGUACUAGACACCAAACAUCUUUUUAACUUUGACUCAUUUCUUUAGAGACUAAACACAACUCACCUACUCUCUUCCAGCAGACCCAUUACAGACUACAGCGGGGUGCCGCAGCUCAAGGAAGAACAUUUAUGAUCAUUUCUUUAUCAUUUCCUUGAAGUAAUAAUCACCAUAUUAAUCAUUUUACAGACGCGGUAGUUCUUCUGUCUUAGCGUCUCGGUCUGAUUGUAUUUCUAUGAAGAAAUGAUCAUAAAUGUUCUUCCUUGAGCUGCGGCACCCCGCUGUAGUCUGUAAUGGACUGGCCUGAGGUCUCUCUACAAACAAGCGUCUGCUGGAAGAGAGUAGGUGAGUUGUGUUUAGUCUCUUUACUAAAGAAAUGAGUCAAAGUUAAAAAGAUGUUUGGUGUCUAGUACUAUGGCUGUGACCCUAUAUGUACUAACCUCAGUAGAACAUGGUGUAGUUCAGUUCAGUAACAGAACCUCAUUGGAAAAUUAGCUAAUUUAACUUUACUGUGCUCUUGUUCAAAUAUAUUAACUCAACAGCACAUAAAUCCAUACCUGUUAACAAAAUCAUGAUUAUAUUGAUAAUUCGGCUCAAUAAUAAAAACACCUUUACCUUUUCAUUUUACUACAGUAGAAGUUUAUUGGCCCAGUUUAUAGACUACAGAGGUGAAGAAACGCCCCCGCUUAAGUUUAUGUUUUCUGAAUGUAGUACUAUGUCUGUGACCCUAUAUGUCCUGUUGAUGAAGUUAGGUGCUGUUCUGAGCAUUAUUUGUGGCUAUAGAGUGGCGUUUUGGUUGGGGGCGUGGCUCUCUCUAUUUCUAUCCUGCGGUCGUUACUAAAGUUGGUAUAACUAGAGAAGGAAGCGGUCGGCAACAUUCAUCUCUGGAGGGGGGGUCUAACUCGGUGUUACGGUGGGUUUGACCCUAAAUUAAUUUUAAGGUGGAAUAUCCUUUUACCUGUAGUGUGAUGGUGUGCACUGUGACUCUUUUACCUGUAAAUAUGAACAUCUCACUGAUUUUAGUUCAACUUUGACUCUUCCUGAAGUUUCUGGCUGACUUGUUGGUUUAAUGUUGUUGUGUAAAAACGUUGUUGGGAACCUUUGUCUCGUGUUUUUGUUUCUGCUCGGUGAAUUAUUGUUGGAACAGACGACUGACGGAGACGUCCAGCUGAGAGUUUCACAGUAAAGAUCUGCUCCUAUCAUCUGUCUCUGAUGAGGGUCAGGAUAUCCAACGAUCAUCUGCUCCUCAGGGUCUCCAUCUGAACUCCUGAGACACGUUUUCUAUCUCAUCAUUUUAGGAACCAGAACUUGGUCAAAGAUCAACAAAAUACAGGAAGUAACAUGGAGCCUGACUGAACCCCUCAGUCUGACCCGGGUUCAAGGGUCACAUGACUCUACAUCUGUUAGAAGAGUGACGCUGAUGGUCAUGAUGCAGAUAUUUCAGAGUAGAUCAUAAUAACAGUCAACUUAACGAUCAAAAUCCAUAAUUUACCAAAUAAUCAAUCAAACUAAUCUGUGAUUUUGGUCCAUUUCUUCUUGUUGGUAAAACUUAAAAACAAAGAUGUUCCAGGACCUGACCCUGGUUUAGGUCUGAACUCUCUCUCCCUCCUCAGGGCGACUACGUCUGGCUGGACCUGAAGACGGGUCGGGAGUUUGAGGUGCCGAUCGGCGCCGUGGUCAAACUCUGUGAUUCAGGACAGAUCCAAGUGGUGGACGACGAAGGAAACGUAAGUCUGGAGAUAAUAAUAAUAUAUAUGUGUGUAUUUAUAUAUAUGUGUGUAUUUAUAUAUAUUUGUGUGAAUUUAUAUAUAUAUGUGUGUAUUUAUAUAUAUGUGUGUAUUUAUAUAUAUAUGUGUGAAUUUAUAUCUAUAUGUGUGUAUUUAUAUAUAUUUGUAUUUAUAUAUAUAUUUGUGUGUAUUUAUAUAUAUAUGUGUGUAUUUAUAUCUAUAUGUGUGUAUUUAUAUAUAUAUGUGUGUAUUUAUAUCUAUAUGUGUGUAUUUAUAUAUAUUUGUAUUUAUAUAUAUAUUUGUGUGUAUUUACAAUAUAUGUGUGUAUUUAUAUCUAUAUGUGUGUAUUUAUAUAUAUGUGUGUGUAUUUAUAUCUAUAUGUGUGUAUUUAUAUCUAUAUGUGUGUAUUUAUAUAUAUUUGUGUGAAUUUAUAUAUAUAUGUGUGUAUUUAUAUAUAUGUGUGUAUUUAUAUAUAUAUAUGUGUGUAUUUAUAUCUAUAUGUGUGUAUUUAUAUAUCUAUAUGUGUGUAUUUAUAUAUAUGUGUGUAUUUAUAUAUAUUUCUGUGUAUUUAUAUAUAUUUGUGUGUAUUUAUAUAUAUUUGUGUGUAUUUAUAUAUAUUUGUGUGUAUUUAUAUAUAUAUUUCUGUGUAUUUAUAUAUAUGUGUGUGUAUUUAUAUAUAUUUGUGUGUAUUUAUAUAUAUUUGUGUGUAUUUAUAUAUAUUUGUGUGUAUUUAUAUAUAUUUCUGUGUAUUUAUAAGUAUAUCAAAGUUUUAAAUGAGGAUGUUUUUUGACAGAGGGCUGAACUGAACCGACGAUAAACUUUGUCCUCAUGUUUCACUAAACUCUGAUUUUUGUCUCCGUCCUCCAGGAACACUGGAUCUCCCCCCAAAAUGCCACCAACAUCAAGCCAAUGCACCCGACCUCCAUCCACGGGGUGGAGGACAUGAUCCGCCUGGGGGACCUGAAUGAAGCUGGAAUCCUCCGAAACCUCCUGAUCCGAUACCGAGAGAAGCUCAUCUAUGUGAGUGUGGGCCGGUCUCUGUAUUAUAUCAGACUGAUCCUGGAUCUGCUGCUGCUAACCCUGAUAGACUCUGUUAGUCCAGAACUACAUGACCUGAGGUCUGAGACCUGACUGAUCUGGUCCACGGUGGUCUUGAUUGUUUCAGUCUUGGUCGUAGUUCCUCUGAGUCUGUGUCCUGGUCAUGCAGACUCAAAGUUUUGUUGAAGGUUUCACAGUUAACCUCUCAGUCUUGACUCUUCAGCUCUGACCCUGUCCUGACCUCUGACCUCUCAGCUGCUCUCCUCUGUCUCUCCUCCUCCUUCCUGUUUCCUCUGAAGACUAACUGUGGCGGUCGGGUAAGUCAGCUCCUGAUCGUCCAGCAUGUCCCACUCUAAAAUCAAACAGACGUUUUCUCUCCUAACCCCGUUUUUCCUCUGCAUGUUCAGUCUGCUGCAUGUUUCAAAGCUCUUAGUUUGCAUUAAUUAUUAUUUAAUAAACCUGUUUAUGAAACAGUUUCAGUGACUCUGAAGAAAUAAGUGAAGAGAGAGAGACAGAAGGUCAUGAAUUCAUCAGAGUUUGAAGAUUAUUUCUCUACGUUAACGUUCGAUAACAAAGUCAAACUGACAAACUGAGUCGAGUCGUCUUGAUACUGAUGCUGACUCCAGAUCUUCACAGCUCUCCUUGAACACAUGAACAGACCUCAGACCUGCAGACUCUCACAGAACUCGGAGGUUUGUUUCCAACAUGGCCGCCUCUUCUCACGUGGUGAACUCUGAUACUCUCUCUUUGUCAUCCGUCACCAUCUGAGAAGCAGACCUGCGUCAUCCUCAUGGAGCCCUCAGCUCCCUCUACCUGCUGCUCUCUGUCCUGACCUGUCCUGAGUUACAAACACAAACAUCUUCUCCCUCUCUGUUUCCUGUUUCGUGGUCGCAGUACGGACAUCGCUGGAGUUCAGACAUCGCUGUUAUUUAAAGUCUCAUCUGCAGGUUCUGUUUCCAGAUUCAGGUCUCAGUAACUCCACAAACGUCUGACAGGACCAGGUUUGGGUUUGAUGGAAACACAGACUGUUGCAUGUGAACGUGCACGUGUCCGUUUGUGUCGGUCCUGAAGGAUCGAAACGUUUCCCCCUCAGAGACGGAAGAAUAAAAACUCAAUCAUAUCAAUAAAUGGUCUGUCUCCUCUGUGCAGACCUACACCGGCUCCAUCCUGGUCGCCGUAAACCCGUACCAGCUGCUGCCCAUCUACACCGCCGACCAGAUCCGCCUCUACACCAACAAGAAGAUCGGGGAGAUGCCUCCUCACAUCUUCGCCAUCGCAGACAACUGUUACUUCAACAUGCAGAGGAACAACCGCGACCAGUGCUGCAUCAUCAGGUAAGAGAGAGGAGGACCGCGGCAGACGGCCGUGAGUCCAGCACACGUCCAACAGUCGGACCCACAUGGAGCCGGUCCCUGAUGGUCCAACUCUGUUUGUUUCUCUCUGACCUUCAGUGGAGAAUCAGGAGCAGGAAAGACCGAGAGCACCAAACUGAUCCUUCAGUUCCUGGCGGCCAUCAGCGGACAACACUCCUGGAUCGAGCAGCAGGUCCUGGAGGCCAACCCCAUACUAGAAGGUAGAGCCACACCCUCACUCAUAAACAUGCUGACCUCAGGAUCCACUACCUUUACUGACAUGAGGACGUCACACACAGACCACAGAGACCAAGAAAACUUAAAAAGAGACACUAACAAGUGA